CUUUCCCUGCCAGUGCUCUUUAUAAACUCUCUAUGGAGUGGGAUUGGUUUGCAAAGAAUGGGCAAAGCACAGGGGACUGGGAGGGAACUCUGAGUCUAAUAAUAUUCCUCAUCCAAUAGAAACCAUUUCCUAUUGAGACCCCCAAGGGUCCCCCUUGCUCUCAGAUCCAUCCCAGACAUUAGGCCUAUUCUUCUGAGCAGUCUCCUCUGCAGGGCAUGCUGCUUGUAAGGCUCAGCCUGGGCUUCCUCUAACAAAGGACUGGUGAUAACAGCUGCUGCCUUCACAUUGGGAGGAUUAACUCAUUUCGGGGAAUAAGAACCUGGGCAACUGUCCUGUAAGCAGCGCAGACUUCAUUUCCUGCAAACAUGGCCAUGCCUGUGGAUUUUUAAUUCUUGUCAUAUGUCCUUGGGCUACAGGAAACUUUGGAUCUGGUUUCUCAUAGGGGCUAUCAACAUGUAUUAUGAAGAUGAAGAUGCAUUUGAGCUUGGCCACCACAUAACCAUGCAAUGCCAAGACUGCUUCUAAAAUAUUCUAUGGGUACAGUCAGAAUCCGUAGAGGAUUCAGCAGAACAUUCUGGAGCUUGGGAUGGGAAACUACAGCAAUAUUACCUGCUCCAUCGAUGACUCUUUUAAAUACAACCUUUAUGGUGUGGUUUAUAGUGUAGUAUUUGUCCUGGGAUUGAUCACAAACUGUGCUUCCCUCUGCGUCUUCUGCUUCAAAAUGAAGAUGCACAAUGAGACAGCCAUUUACAUGACCAACCUUGCCGUGUCUGACCUACUGUUUGUGUUCACUCUUCCUUUCAAAAUAUUUUAUAAUUUCAACCGCCAUUGGCCCUUUGGAGACACCUUGUGUAAAAUAUCAGGCACGGCAUUCUUGACCAACAUCUACGGAAGCAUGCUUUUCCUUACAUGCAUCAGUGUGGAUCGAUUUCUGGCAAUUGUCUACCCAUUCCGUUCCCGAACCAUUAGAACAAGAAGAAAUUCUGCCAUAGUUUGUGCAGGGGUUUGGAUUUUAGUACUGAGUGGAGGUAUUUCUGCAUCUCUUUUCUCUACCACCAAUGUGUCCAACACAACCACCACUUGCUUCGAAGGUUUCUCCAAAAGCAUCUGGAAAACCUAUUUGUCAAAAAUCACCAUGUUCAUUGAAAUCGUUGGAUUUCUUAUUCCUUUGCUCCUCAAUCUUACCUGCUCCUCUUUGGUUUUAAGGACACUGAGGAAACCAGCAACCUUGUGUCAGAUUGGAACCAACAAAGAAAAAGUUCUGAAGAUGAUCAUCGUCCAUAUUGCCAUCUUUGUUGUGUGUUUUGUGCCGUACAAUUCGAUCCUGUUUCUUUAUGCUUUGGUACGUUCACAGGCGAUAGCGAACUGCUCGAUUGAGAGAUUUGCACGGACAAUGUACCCAAUUACCUUGUGUAUCGCAACGACAAACUGUUGUUUUGACCCCUUUGUAUAUUAUUUCACUUCUAAAUCUUUUCAAAAGUCCUUUAACAUAAACCCGCUAAUAAAGAUGGAUAACCUGUUCAAGAUUGACUCGGCAACAAAAAUUGCUCUGCCAGUAACACAUGAGGAACUAACCGAGCAAAUGAACAUUAACAAUGGAGGGGAUUUGAUGUCAGAGUCUAACUUUAAGGACUAGAGUUCUAUGUAAUGGUAUAAAAUAAGACAAAACGUCUAAUGAAUGGAACUAUAAUUUAUGAAGGACGCUUCGAACCCUGUGGUCAGUAUUAUAGUUGGAAUUAAUGUGUAUAAAAAUAGAAGUUUUAAUUUAAAUAGAUAUAUAUUGUCUGGCAUACUGUAAAAAGUUCACAAAGUUUUAAUGUUUUUGUGUAAAUACUCAUUAUGAAGUGUUGUAGAUGUAUUUGUCCCAAAUUGCCAGUGUUUCAGUAUUUACACCAUUUGAAUGUCAACAAGAGAAAAAAAGUACUAAAAAAUUAUUACACAC